AUGCUGCAUCAAGCACUUCGCAGAUUUGGUCAAAAGCUGGUACACAGACUUAAGUUGGAGGAACCUUUGCCUGAGGAUCACCCAAGCAGAAUCCUGAGCACUCUGGAUUUAGUGGCCCUGGGUGUAGGCCGGACAGUGGGUAUAGGUAUAUAUGUCCUGGCUGGUGAGGUGGUCAGCAAUCAAGCAGGACCAUCCAUUGUGAUCUGCUUUUUGUUGGCUGGCCUAUCUUCUGUGUUGACUGCGCUGUGCUAUGCUGAGAUUACUGCCCAGAUUCCACAAUCUGGCUCUUCAUAUCUCUACACUUAUGUCACUGUAGGUGAACUCUGGGCUUUCAUCACUGGCUGGAACCUCAUCUUCUCCCUUGUUGCUGAUACAGCCAAUGUGACCCGGGCCUGGACUUUAGCUUUUGCCAAUCUUCUUGGGAACCAGAUCUCUCAGACCCUCCAUGAGAGCAUCUUACUGCAUGUUCCCCAAGUCCUUGCAGACUAUCUAGUCUUCUUUGUUGUGGGCUUUGUGUUGUUAUUCAUGGAAUUGCAGGCUCUGAACCAUGGUCAGUUUUUCCUGGUUACCAAAGUGGUCACAUUGGUGAAACUUUUGGUUCUGGGUUUUGUCAUCAUCUCUGGCUUUAUUAAGGGGAACCUGCACAACUGGACACUCACAGAAGAGGACUACAUAAAGGCUGGACUCAAUGACACCUCUAGCCUGAGCCCCCUGGGCUCUGGAGGAUUUGUGCCCUUCGGCUUCAAAGGGGUUCUCCGUGGAGCAGCUACCUGUCUCUAUACAUUUAUUGGUUUCCACAAUAUUUUUGAAAGAGCUGAAGAAGCCCAGAAUUCCCAACGUUCAAUCCACAGGGGCAUUGUGAUAUCACUGCUCAUUUGCCUUCUGGUAUAUGUUGGUGUCUCUUCAUCACUUACGCUUAUGGUGCCUUACUACAAGCUUCAACCUGGGAGCACCUUGCCUGAGGCAUUUCUCCAUAUUGGCUGGCCUCCUGCCUACUAUGUUGUAGCUUUUGGAUUCCUCUGUAGUCUUUCAUCUAACUUCUUGGGCUUUAUUUUACCCAUACAUCAUUUUAUAUACAUGAUGGCAACGCAUCACCUCUUGUUCCCUGUUCUUGUCAGGAUAAAAACUGGCAAAUAUGCUCCUCUUGUGGCCACUGUGAUCUUUGGCAUUAUUGCACCAGUCAUGGCAGUCUCCUUUGGAUUCAUUGAUCUUGUGAACUUCAGGUCACUUGGGUCGCUGCUAGCUUACUCCCUGGUGGCUCUUUGUGUUCUCAUCCUCAGGUAUCAGACCAACAUUAGAAAUAAGGAAAAUGAAGGGGAGGUGCAGGAGGAGAAUGGACCUGCAGCAGAGAAGCUGACUCUACAGGGACUAUUUUUUCCAGGCAGCCCCACCCCCACUGCACUCUCUGGCCGGGUUGUCUAUGUUUGCUCCUCACUGCUUGCUCUACUGCUCACUCUUCUGUGCUUGGUGCUGACCCAGUGGCCAGUUCCACUUUCUGGAGACCCAGUGUGGAUUUCAGUAGUUGUGCUGCUCCUGGUGCUUAUUGCUGGGCUCACUGGAGUCAUCUGGAGACAGCCACAGAGCUCCAGUCCCCUUCAGUUUAAGGUCCCUGCUAUGCCUCUCCUCCCACUACUGAGCAUCUUUGUGAAUGUUUACCUUAUGAUGCAGAUGGCAGCUGGCACCUGGGCCCAAUAUGGUGUCUGGAUGCUGAUUGGGCUUGCUAUCUAUUUCAGCUAUGGGAUCAAGCGCAGCAUGGAGGAGGUUAGAAUGACCAACUCCACUUAA